GCCGGGCGGGCCGAGACCGCGAACGGGCGAGAGGCGUCGAGGCUGCGGGAUGAUGUCGGUGCGGGUGGCGGCCCCACCGGCCGUGGAGCUCAAGGAGCUGGCCGGGCCCCUGGAGAAGCCCCCCGCCGCCGCCGCCGCCGCCUGCUCGCCGCCGCCGCCGCACGCCGAGCCCGGCCUGGCCGUGGCGGGGGAGAGCGCAGCCCCGGCCCCCGGCGCGGCGGCGAAGGCCCCCCAGGCCUCGGCCAUGAAGCGCUGCGAGCCGCCGCCGCCCGCGCAGGCCCCGCCGCCUCGCCCCGCGGGCGACGGGGGCGACGGCGGGGGCGGGCCGCUGGGCGAGGCGCUGGUCAGCCCCGACGGGACCGUCACGGAGGCGCCGCGCACCGUGAAGAAGAUCCAGUUUGCUGACCAAAAGCAAGAAUUCAACAAGCGUCCCACGAAGAUCGGUCGCCGUUCACUAUCCCGUUCCAUUUCUCAGUCGUCGACAGAUAGUUACAGCUCUGCUGCCUCCUACACCGACAGCUCUGACGACGAGACCUCUCCCCGGGACAAGCAGCAGAAGAGCAGCAAAGGGAGCAGUGACUUCUGUGUGAAGAACAUCAAACAGGCUGAAUUUGGGCGUAGGGAAAUCGAAAUUGCGGAACAAGAAAUGCCUGCGCUCAUGGCCUUGAGGAAACGUGCUCAGGGAGAGAAGCCAUUGGCCGGAGCCAAGAUCGUGGGUUGUACUCACAUCACGGCUCAAACUGCUGUUCUCAUGGAAACUCUUGGUGCCUUGGGGGCUCAGUGCCGGUGGGCUGCCUGCAACAUCUACUCCACCCUCAACGAAGUGGCGGCUGCCCUGGCUGAGAGCGGGUUCCCUGUCUUUGCCUGGAAGGGAGAAUCCGAGGAUGAUUUCUGGUGGUGUAUUGAUCGCUGUGUCAAUGUCGAAGGGUGGCAGCCGAACAUGAUCCUGGAUGAUGGUGGGGAUCUCACACACUGGAUCUAUAAGAAGUACCCAAACAUGUUCAAGAAAAUCAAGGGCAUUGUAGAAGAGAGCGUUACCGGUGUUCAUAGGUUGUACCAACUCUCGAAGGCUGGCAAGCUUUGUGUCCCAGCAAUGAAUGUCAAUGAUUCAGUCACCAAGCAGAAGUUCGACAACUUGUAUUGCUGCCGAGAAUCUAUUCUGGACGGUCUUAAAAGGACAACUGAUAUGAUGUUUGGAGGAAAGCAAGUGGUGGUCUGUGGCUACGGAGAGGUUGGGAAAGGGUGUUGUGCUGCCCUGAAGGCCAUGGGCUCCAUUGUAUAUGUGACCGAGAUUGAUCCCAUUUGUGCUCUACAAGCCUGCAUGGAUGGCUUCCGUCUUGUGAAACUUAAUGAAGUGAUUCGGCAAGUCGACAUCGUUAUCACCUGCACAGGCAACAAAAAUGUAGUGACUAGAGAACAUCUUGAUAGGAUGAAGAACAGUUGUAUUGUUUGUAACAUGGGACAUUCCAACACGGAAAUAGAUGUGGCAAGCUUGCGCACCCCAGAGCUGACCUGGGAACGGGUGAGGUCUCAGGUUGACCACGUCAUUUGGCCAGAUGGGAAGAGAAUCGUCUUGCUGGCCGAAGGACGCCUCUUGAACCUCAGCUGUUCCACAGUGCCAACCUUUGUGCUCUCCAUCACAGCCACCACCCAGGCGCUGGCCCUGAUCGAGCUGUACAAUGCCCCCGAGGGCCGUUACAAGCAGGAUGUUUACCUGCUGCCGAAGAAGAUGGAUGAAUACGUGGCGAGUCUUCACCUCCCCACCUUCGAUGCGCAUCUGACGGAACUGACGGAUGAGCAGGCGAAGUACUUGGGGCUAAACAAAAACGGGCCUUUUAAACCCAACUAUUACAGGUAUUAACCUCCUGCGGCUGCCGCUGAAAGGAAGGGGCGGACCGGAUCCCAAGGCCUCCCUGGCUGCCUUGCAGGACGAACCAGCACGAGCUCCUGAACUCAGAACCAGGCUGCCCUAGUGCACAGUGUGUUAGGUUAUUUAUUUAUUAAACUAGAAUACCGUACUUGCA